UGGAUAUUGUGCCGGCCUCCAUAACUGCAAACACAGCAGCAUUUAAGAGAAUCUAUCAAUUUCGCCACUUGACUACUUGAAUUCUUGGGCCCCACUUCCUUUUUCGGCCAGGUCUCUUUCUUCUCUUGCUUGGUCGUGCCAUCUCUCUGUCCAUCCUCACACCCUCGCCUACACCCAUCUUUCUUCUCCUUCUCUCUCUUCCUCGCCACUUCCCCUUUGAUAUAUUCUUCCCCGUACGUCUCCAAUAACCAAAAACAAAAGAAGUGUAGUGAGACGCGCUGUCAUAUGACGAAUAUCGCUUAAGAUUAUUUUUCCUCUCCACUCGCUGACGCUCUCCUGCUCUUCUCUUUGUUCACUUUUUCCACCAUCUCAACAUCAUCCUGCCAUCAUCUGUCUUCCUCCGUCCUACUCACUCUCGACUAUCUUCUUGCAACAGCCAAGCUCCCUUAAUAACCAUGAAACUCUACUCCAUCUUCGUCAUCCGCAAUGACACCAAGCCCGCCAAAGCUAUUGUUGAUGCCAAGGACCUGGCCAGCUUUGGUUUCUUCCAGCGCUCAAGCAUUGGUGAAUUCAUGACUUUCAUGGCCCAGACUAUUGCGGAAAAGACCCAGCCUGGACAGCGACAGAGUAUUGAGGACUCCAACUAUGUGGGCCAUGUGUACGCCAGAGCUGAAGGGGUUGCAGGAGUGAUUGUGACGGACAAGGAAUACCCUACGCGCGUUGCCUUUGGAUUGUUAAAUAAGGUCCUGGACGAGUUCUUGAGCCGGUGGCCCAACAACGCAGCCUGGACAGCAUCAUCAUCUGGACAGCAGCAGAGCAUUAGCUACCCGGAGCUUCAGCAGUAUCUGGUCACGUAUCAGGAUCCCAAGCAAGGCGACACCAUCAUGAAGGUGCAGCGUGAGUUGGAUGAGACCAAGAUCAUUCUGCAUAAGACGAUCGAAUCGGUCUUAGAACGUGGCGAGAAGAUGGAGAGUUUGGUCGAGCGCUCGGAUGUGCUUUCGUCCAAUUCAAAGAUGUUUUACAAGCAGGCCAAGAAGCAGAACGCGUGCUGUGCUAUCUGCUAAAUGGUAUGGGGAUAGCGAAGCGGCAUGGAUACACAGCAGGAUGAUGAUAUACUCAUACGGACUUCAGCAGCAGGUCGGCAGCGGGAAAAACGAAGACAGGGAUGCAUAGUGAACGAAAAUCGAAUCAUUACAACAGCAAAACGUCAGGACGUCUUUUUGAUAGUACUUUUUAUUAGAUGUCCUGCCGGCUAGUGGUCUUUAAUAAACGAAUGAUUGGAUUGA